AUGAUCUGUUCACGCUGUCUCUCCCGUCGCCCAUUCUCCCACCUCUCCACCCAAUCCCGCACUUUCACAAGCACACCCCUCCUUCUCUCAGUCCCUCCAACAUCGACCCCCUCCUCUCCUCGAACCGUUUCUCCUCCCACCGCCACAUCCACCGGCGCCGCGCAACCCUUCUCCACUCCUUUAUCUCCCUCUCCUGCCGCCCUAGGCAUCUCUUCCUCUCCUUCCCAUAAGAAACCAGCUCCAAUACCAACGUCUAGUAUCCCCGCUGGCACAAUAUUAAAAGGAUUAAAUUAUCUCAAAGGACGGGAUGAUCCAGUCGCAUUGAAAGAGGAAGAAUAUCCAGAAUGGUUAUGGAAGUGUUUGGAUGAGAAGAAGCUGGUAGAGGGAACUGGGGAUGCGGGUGGUGAUGAGUUUUCCAAAUCCAAAAAACUCCGCCGCGCAGCCGCAAAAGCCCGUCGCAAAGCAGAAGAACGCGCUCUCUUAUCUGGAGACACCUCGCUGCUCGAAGUCAAGGUUCCCUUCCAACAACAAUCGAUUGAUUUACCUACAUCUGGGGAAGAAGCGCUAGAUCAGAGAGCGGAAUUGGUUAGGGCGAUGAGGAAGGAGAGAAGGGCGAAGAUUAAGGAGGGCAAUUAUUUGAAGGGUAUGUAG